UCAAAUCUGAGCUUUCAGCAUAAUGGCAUUUUCUCCUCAUCGUCUCUCUUUCUGCUUCGUUCUCCUCUGCUUCACAUGGCAGCAGGGAGCCGAAGCUCGAAAAUUAGUUCCCAUUUCUUCCUUGAUUAGUAAAGAUCUUUUCAACUCUAUAUUUCUACACAAAGAUGAUAAUGCAUGUCCAGCAAAAGAUUUUUACACUUAUGAGUCAUUCAUCCAUGCUACUGCUUGUUUUCCAAGGUUCGGAAACACAGGAAAUUUAACCACCCGCAAGCGUGAAAUUGCAGCGUUUCUAGGUCAGAUAUCCCAUGAGACAUCCGGUGGAUGGGCUACCGCGCCUGAUGGACCAUAUGCUUGGGGUCUCUGCUUCAAGGAGGAAGUCAGUCCCCAGAGCAACUACUGUGACUCCACCAACAAAGAAUGGCCCUGCUACCCUGGAAAGUCUUACAAAGGCAGAGGCCCCAUUCAACUAUCUUGGAAUUUCAACUAUGGUCCCGCCGGAAAGGCGCUGGGGUUCGACGGUCUAAGGAACCCAGAGAUCGUGGCCAACAACUCCUUGAUUGCAUUCAAGACUGCUCUCUGGUUCUGGAUGACAGAACGGAAACCUAAACCUUCUUGCCACGAUGUCAUGGCUGUAUCAGCCUAUGGUCCUGCUCAGAACAGACUACGUACGUCUAAGGUCUAGAAUCUAGAUGCUAAACGAUUUGAAACAAUCUCAGUAGAAAAAUGAGAUUUUAAAUUAAAAAUAAAUAAAAAUAAAGAGAAAAAGGCCUAAGUUUUUUUUUUUUUGAAUUAAGUGAAAUUAAUAUACAUUUUUUAUCAUA